AUCCCGUGACGGUGUUUCCUGGACUUCAGCCGGUCCCCCGCGCUCCUUUUUGGCAACACAUUUUGGGGAGAGCAUCUAAACACCAAAACCCUACCAGGAAAAAAAAAAAAAUCUAACGUUGAUCCGGAGUCCCCGAAGAAGCCUUUUAACCAUGUGGACUUUUCUCGGCAUCGCUACUUUCACCUAUUUUUAUAAGAAAUGCGGAGACUUCGUCUCUCUGGCCAACAAGGAGCUGUUGCUAUGCGUGCUGGUGUUCCUGUCGCUGGGGCUCGUGCUGUCUUAUCGCUACCGGAGCGGGGCCCUCCUCGGGCGCCGGCAGAGUGGCUCCCAGCUGGCGGGCUUCUCCUAUAUUCUGUCAGCCUUGCCUUUCAUUGGCUUCUUCUGGGCCAAAUCCCCCGCUGGAUCAGAAAAUAAAGAGCAGCUGGGGUCUAGGAGGCAGUGCAAAAAAGGGACCAGUAUUUCAGAAACAACCUUAAUAGGAACAGCUGCCUCUACCCUGACCUCUUCUCAAAACGAUCCAGAAGUUAUCAUCGUGGGAUCUGGUGUCCUCGGCUCUGCUUUGGCCGCAGUGCUUUCCAGAGAUGGAAGAAAGGUGACGGUAAUUGAGAGAGAUUUAAAAGAGCCUGACCGGAUCCUUGGAGAAUUUCUGCAGCCAGGUGGUUAUUAUGCCUUGAAAGACCUUGGUCUUGAAGAUACAGUGGAAGGUAUUGAUGCCCAGGUUGUAAAUGGCUACGUAAUUCAUGAUCAGGAAAGCAAAACAGAGGUUCAGAUUCCUUUCCCCCUGUCAGAGAACAAUCAUGUGCAGAGUGGAAGAGCUUUCCAUCAUGGAAGAUUCAUCAUGCAUCUCCGGAAGGCAGCUAUGGCAGAGCCCAAUGCAAAGUUUAUCGAGGGCACUGUGCUGCAGUUACUAGAAGAAGAUGAUGCUGUGAUGGGAGUUCAGUACAAGGAUAAAGAGACUGGAGACAUCAAGGAACUCCAUGCUCCAUUGACUAUUGUUGCAGAUGGACUUUUCUCCAAGUUCAGGAAAAACCUGAUCUCCAAUAAAGUUUCUAUUUCUUCACAUUUUGUUGGCUUCCUUAUGGAGAAUGCACCGCAGUUUAAAGCAAAUCAUGCCGAACUUAUUUUAGCUAACCCAAGUCCAGUUCUCAUCUACCAAAUUUCACCUAACGAAACUCGAGUACUUGUGGACAUCCGAGGAGACAUGCCAAGGAAUUUGAGAGAAUACAUGACUGAAAAUAUCUACCCACAGUUACCUGAUCACCUGAAAGGACCAUUCCUAGAAGCCUCUCAGAAUUCGCGUUUGAGAUCAAUGCCAGCAAGCUUCCUCCCUUCUUCACCAGUAAACAAACGAGGUGUUCUUCUUUUGGGAGAUGCAUACAAUAUGAGGCAUCCUCUUACUGGUGGAGGAAUGACUGUUGUUUUUAAUGAUAUAAAACUGUGGAGAAAAUUGCUGAAGGGUAUCCCUGACCUUUAUGAUGAUGCAGCUGUUUUCCAGGCCAAACAAUCAUUUUAUUGGACAAGAAAAAAGUCUCAUUCCUUUGUUGUGAAUGUUCUUGCUCAGGCUCUUUAUGAAUUAUUUUCUGCCACAGAUGAUUCCCUACAUCAACUGAGAAAAGCCUGUUUUUUUUAUUUCAAACUUGGUGGAAAAUGUGUUGCAGGUCCGGUUGGGCUGCUUUCCGUAUUAUCUCCCAAUCCUCUGGUUUUAAUCGGACACUUCUUUGGCGUCGCAGUCUAUGCCACCUAUUUUUGCUUUAAAUCGGAACCUUGGAUUACAAAACCCCGAGCCAUUUUCAGUAGCGGUGCUGUAUUGUACAGAGCGUGUUCUGUAAUAUUUCCUCUGAUUUACUCAGAAAUGAAGUACUUGGUUCAUUAAGCUUAAAGGGGAACCAUUUGUGAAUGAAUACUGGGAACUUGCCAAGUCUGCAGUGACUUGGAAGACAGUGUAUAUAGCACAGUACUCCUCCCGCUUCUAAGGUGGGAAUUCUUGGACCAAGAUUGGGAUUAAUUUGUUUUUGAAGUUAUUUUGUAUAUAAACAUACAUGUAAAUAUAUACUUUAGUUUGCAAUUUCAAAUGAAGGGUAAAAUAAGAUAGAUAUUUAAAAGAAAUGAUUGUUACCAUAAAUUAGUGCUAACAUUGAGGAGCUGCAAUUUGUCUUUUGAAUUCAGUAUUUGGGAUGAGUCACUGUGGGACAUGCAAAUAAAAUGAAGAAUGAA